AUGAUCUCCAACACUGCUCUGCCCCUGCUCCUCGCAGCCCUCGCCAGCAGCGCCGCCGCCGCCGCCACCACCACCUCCUCCGUCCUCUCCUUCCCCUUCGUCGGCGAUGGCUUCUACACCGUAAUCCCCAGCACCGGCGUCAGCGGCUCCAUCGUCGGCGUCGACAAGGACGCGCGCACGACGCUGGUGUACGAGUGCGACGCGUUCGCCACCGACGUCGACGACUUCUCGACCGUCGGCGCGUUGUGCCCGUUCGCGACCGACGCCGCAGCGCAGACGGUGACGUUUGGCGAGAAUUACUGGGGCCAGCGGACGACGGGCGCGAGCGACGGCAUCACCGCCGCCGUCGACAUGGAUUGCGCCAUUACCGUGGCGACGGGGGCGUCGCCCGCGAGCGCGGUUGAGAGCCCCGUGUGCACCAUGAGUUUUGGGGGGGACUAUGCGGAUGAGUUGGCGGCGAUUGUGAAUUGUGCGGGGGGUGUUGGCGAGGAUGCGGAUGAUAUUGACACCCAAUCCGCCCUCGACUGCCUCCUCUCCCCCACCGCCGCCGCCACCGACGUCGCCGUCGUGAGCUUCCCGCCCACCAACGUCUUCUACUGGACCGUCACCGUCACCGCCGUCGCCGACGCCGUGCUGGCUACGUCGACGUCUGCCUCUCAGGGCGGUUCCGCCAGCAGCGCUACCGCCGCCGCCUCUACUGCCCGCAGUUCGACUUCGGCGUCUGGUGCCACCACCGGCAGUGCUGCCUCCGCCAGCGCGACGGGCGAUGCUGGGAACGGUGCUGCUGGUGGUGCUGGUGCUGGUGCUGGUGUUGGAUGCGUUGCGGUUGCUGGUGUUGUUGGGCUGGCGGGGGUUGUGCUUGCUUUGUAG